AUGGGUGGUUCAGAGAAUGGAGCACCCGAUAACCAAAAUAAGCCCACCGAGACAAGCCUCUCACCAGAUUCCAUAAUCAAUCUAGAUCAGGGCGAUCCAACGUUGUUCGAGCCAUACUGGAAGAAGAUGGGAGACAAGUGUACGUUGCCACAACUUGGCGAUGCCAUAAAGGGACUGCAUCGUGUUGUUGGAAAUGCAGUCCCCGACGGUCGCCACAUCGUGGUUGGGACCGGUUCAACACAGCUCCUAAUGGCUGCUCUAUAUGCCCUCUCUUCUCCUUCCACUAGUCACCCCGUCAGUCUCGUGGCUGCUGCUCCUUAUUACUCGGGAUAUAAGGAUCAGGCAGAAUUCCUGCUUUCAGGACUCUAUAAAUGGGAAGGAGAUGCACAUACCUUUGAUAAGGAUGGACCUUAUAUUGAGGUCGUAACCUCGCCAAAUAACCCUGAUGGUGCUAUCCGAGAAGCUGUGGUGAACCUCGGGGAAGGGAAGCUUGUGUAUGACCUGGCCUACUACUGGCCACAAUACACGCCCAUUACUGAUCACCCUUUGGAUCAUGAUAUCAUGUUGUUCACAUUUUCCAAAUGCACUGGACAUGCUGGCUCCCGUAUAGGGUGA